UAUAUAAAGUAGUUUAUAGCUCAUAAUCCUCAAAUUCAACCACAUAACCAAGUACUUAUGAAUCAUAAGUACGUAUUGCUAUGCAUGAUUCUUACUUCAUCUAUAAAAACUAGUUUAUAGCUCAUAAUCCUCAAAUUCAACCACACACCAAGUAUACGUCUAACCAUAAAGAUACCAAAGAUCCACCAAUGUCGGGUAGUAACGAAGACUGGUUUCAUUCGAUACUGAAAACCGAGUCACCACCUUCUUCUACAGCUCGAAUCCACAGAGUUCCUAUGAUCCUGAAAGAACACAUAGAUCAUGAAAAAUAUUAUGUCCCAAAAGUUGUGUCUCUUGGUCCAUACCAUCAUGGCAAUCCAAACCUCGAGUCAGUGGAGGGAUUCAAACCUCUCUACACAAACAAGCUUUUGGAAGGCAACCAAGAGUCGAUUCGCAGUCUGUAUCAUAGUCUUGCGAAAAUGGUUCGGACGUUGAAAGGAAUUUACGAAGAUGAUGUUGAUCAUCUCUCAGAUGAUGAGUUCACAAGAAUGAUGCUGCUAGAUGGUUGUUUUAUUCUGUAUGUCAUUGAACAUAUCUUCUUGAACAAUGAAAAAGAUAACUUAGGCUUAAAAAGCCACCAAAUCAUGUUUAUUCAACAAGACAUGUUUUUGCUUGAGAAUCAAAUCCCGUAUCAAGUUCUAACUGAGGUCAUGAAGUUUGUACCCUAUGAAUUUUGGGAUAUGAAGAUCAAACGGUUUAUCGACGACAACAUUCUAGCGGCUGAAAGAUGCAGAGUAUCAGGGGCAAAGCUUCCUAAACUUCCGGUGGAUGGUCCAGUCCCAGAUACUAUAAAUCAUCUUCUUGAACUUUUGCAAACUAGGCUUACAAAGGAUAAGCCUCGCGAAACAUUACCGAACGACAGGUACACUUUUCGUAAUGUUAACGAGCUUAAAGAAGUAGGGAUUCGUUUCAAGCCGAGCCGAACUAGGUCUAUAGCGCAAAUCAAGUUUUCUAAGUGCGGGUUUUUUGCUAAUAUUGAACUUCCUCCCAUCACUGUGGACGACUCCACAAAACCUAUGUUGCUAAACUUGGUAGCAUAUGAAAUGUGUUCUAAUGAUACAAAUGAGUCAUGGGUCACAUCGUAUAUAUGUCUUCUUGAUUCACUGAUCGAUCAUGCUGAGGACGUUAAGGUUCUUCGAAAAGCUGGGAUUCUUGACAACCAACUCGGGAGCGACGAAGAAGUUGCAGGACUGUUUAAUGAAAUAGGGAGAGAUCUGGUGCCUAAUAAUUUUGCUUAUUCAGCUGCAAGGUCUGCGAUUCAAAAGCAUUAUGAAAGUAAGAGGAAUACAUGGAUUAGCCAACUUAAACAUGAGUAUAUCAAGACUCCUUGGGCAUUUGUUGCACUUUUAGCUGGACUUGUGGGUUUGUUUCUUAGCAGUGUUCAAACUUACUAUUCUGUUUUUGGCGGCCAAAGCCAUUGUGACAGUCUUUGUUUGUAUUUGAAGAACCAUCAUCAACCAUGAUUGUAUUCUUAAGUAGUGUUUCAUCAAAAUCUAUAGAAUUUUAUUUCAUGUUUGUUCUUGUAUCGUGUUUAAAAUUAUUUCAUGUUUCUUCUUGUAUCCUGUUUAAUUAAUAGAAUUGUUUUACCAA